AUGACUAUUGUCUUUUCGAUUAAGCGGAAUCGUUCGUCAAGUGCUUUACGAUCAUCCACUUCAGGUCACGAUUUUGUUCCAUCUUUUCAAGAACCAGCAGCUUCCUUUUUAUCAUCAAAACCCAAAUCCAUCUUUUCAAAACUUGUCUCAUCAUCGUCACCUUCCUCAACCAUUUUGGGUGAACAUAGACGACGUUCAUCAAUCACCUCAAUUUUACAAUCUUGUUUUCGUAACACUGAUGACCAUGACACUUUUGGUCGCCAAAGAAACAACAGCAAUGGUGUCAACGCAUUUGAAAAUGAUGCCCUUUUUGAACGCUAUCGCUAUCAAACACAACAUCAACGGAAACGAUCCGAUCAUCGUCCCCUGUUCGCUGACAACAAUCGACGCACAAAGGAUAAUGAAGACGACGAUGAGGAUGAUGAGGAUGAGGAUGAUGACCCACCACCACGUGUUAUUUGUUACCAGGAGGAGGAACAGCAACGUCGUAGUAUCCUAGUCAAUCGGAGUGGACAUCGACAUACAACAAGUCUUCAAAUGCCUGGAGGUAGCAGUUGCUUGAACAACAAUAGCAGCAUACAUCAUCAUCAUCAUCAAUCUUCAUCAUCAGCCAUACACCAUCGCCGUAGCAAAACUGCCACUCACAUUCGACAUUAUUCCCACAUCUCCUACAUUUCAUCUUCCAACAUCACAGCUCACUCGGGUGACCUGACAGCCAAAGAAUUCGCCGACAUUGCUGGUAUAAGGAUCCUACCAGAUGAUGAAAUCAGUAGUAAUAGUGAUAGUAAUAACGUUCAACCUUGUUGUUGUCACGAAGAUGAAAGAGAUUUCAAUCGUCGCGAUAGCUUAGCGCACAUGUUGGAGGAGGAGCAGCAGGAGCAGGAGAAAAGUGAUAUACCAUUACCAGCAACAACAGCCCAUCAUCCUACUAGCAACAGCUCCUUGUAUGUGGAUGAGCAACGUGGUUCUCGGUUUUCAUCAUCCGAUGAAUACAAUCAAACCACAACAGCAGAUACGACUACCACUUUACCACCACCACCGCCACCAGCUACUGGAACAACACAUAAACCACACAUUUGGGACAAUGCAUUCUGGCGUCAGCCUCAUGUAGGGGGUAUGGAUAACUUUUUCACAUGCACAAAAAAUGAUGCUGAAAGAGAAGCCAUUGCCACUACUAUCUCACCCGAAUCCACAGACAAAGCCUUGGUUCCACCUGUCGUACAAGAAAUGCGAUCAAGGAACAGCACCGUCUUUAAAAAAGGUCGAUUUGAAGUUCAUGUCGAAUCCCUCUGA